AUGCGUGGGGAAGAGCGAUCCCGUCGGUGUCCCGUCCGACUUGUACAGCCCUUCUAUGACGGUGACGAUGCUGAGGAUGGCGAUGUGGCGUUCUGGGCAUCGGCAGGGGCAGCGCAGUUGUCUUCGCCGAUGGACCAGGUGACAUCAACUUUCACAGCAUCUCAUGUGACCCCAAUUCAGUUACCGAGAGCUCGAGUUGGUGCUCUUGCCGACCGCGCGUCGUCCCUCAACACGUUUCAGACGCCGCCGUCUUUUGUGUCUUCACCGGAAGUGCUGCCGCCUUUCCCCCCACACAGUGGGGUAAAGACGGCACCCACCGCGUCUUCCGUCUCCUCUUCACGCAGUUGCCCUCCGCGCGAUCGAGAGGCACCACCCGCUUCCUCAUUCGGUCAGCCAGUCUCGUCAUCUGUGGAUCGCCUGGCUGCACUGUAUCAGCAAUUUCAGAUGUCGCAGGGGAGGGACUCGCAUGCGCCGAGGAGUGACACCGCCGGCAGGUCACGUGAAGUAGUCAUUCCCACGCCGACCAGGAAAGAGGCGCCUGCUGCGCCUGUGUGUUUAUCUCAGCGGAUCGAAAGGGGUGUUGUGAGUGGCGAUAGUGGAGUGACUGAGAAGGAGAACCCACACUGCAUUCUUUCUAGCGGCUGUUCGUUAACACCAGCUCGGGUGCGGCAGCCUGUGUCCGAGGACGAUGAGGCUCAAGCUGCUCAGCCCGGCAAGGAUGUUGUCAAGGUUACAGGCAGGUGCGCACCGACAAGGUCAAGUUCCACGCCGCUUCCUGCACUAUCCGCCGCCUCUGUUAAGGCAUCAACCUCCUCUCAACAAGAUGCUGAAGCACCGCCUCUAUCCUCGCUCUCGCAGCCAGCAAGAGCGACUGUGGUGCUGCCGUCCAGUUUGUCUGCUUCGGGCAUCCCAGCUUUAAUGCACAUUGCUGUUCGGGUGUGGGCGGCGCUGGGCUUCUUCGAAAUACGCUCGGUAGAGGGGGCGGGGCUGGAUGAGGGAGAGGAGGCGGAGGAGAUGUCUCAAUGUGCUACGGUGCCGUCAAGUCCCGAAGACGUCGAGUCGUUUCUGUGGGGGCUGAAAGAGUACUUGAGCUUUUACUGCGCGGACUUGCCGGGCCCAUCGGCGGCGGUAUUGGUAGAUGUCACGGCGCACCUCCGCAACGGGCUGUGGCGAGUUCUCUUCAACGCGGUCUUCUACUGCCUCACUGUCCUUGACAAGCAUCGGCGUCGCCGGGGCCCGCUUUCACCCAGAGAGGCUGAUGUUCGAACUGGUGGUGCGGAGGACACCUACGAGGUGGUGUACUCGUCGUCGUCAGAUGCAGACGACGAGAAUGCAGGCGAGGUCUCGUUGAGUCGCGCAGCUCCGGUGCGGUUGGUGUGGAGGCAUCCGGGUGAGUCGGAGGAGGAGCACCUGGCGCGCUGCGUGCGCGACCCUUUGCCACUGAACAGUCCCCUGUGGUCUGCAUCGUCCUUCACUCCCUGUGGGCGAGAGGCGGGCUCUGCUGGCAUGAUGCGCAGUGAUCGCCACGAUAUCCGGCGGCCGUCAUCUCGAUUCCCACUUGAUGAAGUCUACAGCGGCCGUCUGCGCACCGCCUUGCCCAUCGCUGAUUGGUACUUGGUGCUGCGCUGCCUGGCUCAGGUGGGGUAUCGCCGAGACGCCUUUUACCUCCAAACACCAUUCAACGCGUCGCCGCACGAGCUUCUCCUUGCUCUCCUAUGGUUGACGCAGCAGUACAAGAUGCUCGCAGUUGCUGAGUACGUGGAGCUAAACCGCCGGUACCCCUUCUUGCUGCAGUACCACGUGAAUGACGCGUUCCUGUAUGGUUCUGUGGCGGUCGGGGGUACACCACAGCCCGCCCACAUCACAGCACGUGAGCGACUUCUCUAUGGACUCUCACAUGCCUCAGCUUGGCCACCUGUGAGCUUUGAUGAGAACGCGACGAUUGCCGUGCGUCUUGCCCAGCUGGAGCGUUGCUUAGGUAAGGCGGCUUCUUCUGCUGUUCCUGCUGCUUCAGCGCAGUCGCCUGCGCUGACCGGCCCCUCGGCAGCGUCGCUGCACGUGCGGCGCCUCAUGGCGGUCCGGCGACUCCUCAGCCUCUCCUUCAACCGACUCCUCCAGGCUUUGCAGCGUCAGGCUGAACAGGUUACCCUCCUUGGUCUCCACUCCUCCCUUGAUGCGCAGCUGUGCCGUAAGGAGCACCACGCCCUGUAUGAGGAAGUCACUGCAGGCCUUGCCUACGUGCAGGCAACGCAGCAGCGACUGCAGACGACAGCGGACAACCUCGCCAAGGCGGGCUCACUUGUGGCGUUUCUUCUGCGGUAUGAGGAGUCGACGGUGUCGGCGGAGGAGGUGCUUCUGGGACUGGAAGAGGAUGACACGACAUGGCUGUCUCAUGACAACCCCGCGGAAAGGGACGCGAGCAGCACUGAAGCGACACCUGUGAGAGGAAAGCGCAAAGCGACAGAGGCUGAUCGGUGGCGCCGUGCGGUGCGGCGUGCCAAGCUGCCCGUCUCGCAGUCAGCAUCAGAGAGUGCCCCUGCAUCGCUCGCGACGUCAGCGGCUUCGCUCGCCCAAGCUAUUUCGACGUUUCGAGCCACUCACGUGAGGGCCACUCUCACUGAGACAUGGAGGAGACUACUGCGGCGCGGACACGCCGCACCGCAGACGGUGCCGCCGGAGAGUCUGCGCUUUUUGUUGGACGCCGAGGCGCAGCAGGUGCAGGAAGCCAGUGUUCGAGAGAACAUGAAGUCUCGCUACUCUCUGCAAGCAGCUUUGGCUGCUGAGCUAGCGGUGCUUGUGUAUCAGGCUCAGCAGCGACGCCAUCGCAGUCAGUCCCACAGCCCUCUGCGGGGUGGAGACGGUGGCGCUCUGAGGGCAGCGAAUUCGGCUACAGAGACGCGAACCGUGGAUGGCAGCGUGGGCCUCAAGGUGCGACCUGUGCAGGUGGCGCUGCCGCCGCUGGACCUUGUGACCCACGCCAGCGCUGCUUUUGCGCAGUUGCGGUCAGAGGAAGCCAUCUAUGGCUCGGUUACAUUAGGAAGUGCGGAGCUGCAGCUGACGGAGGUGGGCGAGCCAGCGGCAGGCUCGACCACCUCGGCGCGCUUGGAGCUGGAGCGUCUGAAGGCCUGGGAGGAGCAGCUGAAUGUCCAGCUAGGCGUACCUGCGCAAACCACCGCUAGCAUUAAGUACUGCAAGGAGGUCUUGCAAGCACUGUACCACCAGUACGGCCUACGUAUCGCUACACCUGUGGCGCAGAAGCACUUCAGCCAGCUACUGGCGAGCGUCGAGUGA